GCAGAAGCGGCCGUAUAACGAGACCGGCGGCGGCCACUACUCGGCCGCAAAAUCGCAGAGGGCAUCCUACGGCGGCGGUGCACCCGCUCCUGGACCCACGUCCUACGGCGGAGGCGGCGGCCAACAUGGGCAGCGCUACCAGCAACGAGGAGGCUACAGCGGAGGUGGUGGGGGUGCAGGCGGCAAUGCGGGCAGAG